AGUACGCUCCGAGCUCCCAAUCCGAACGUCCUGCUUUCGCUGUACUUGAAAAAACCUUGUCCUUUGACUCUCACAAAAAAAAAAAAGCUCUGCUUUGUCUGCACCAAAUCUCCGUCGAGAAAUUAUUGGUUAAAAAAAUGCGAAAGCGGCCUCAAAGUUCAUCAAUUUUACCUGAUACAUCAGCCAAUAAAUCAAGUGAUACCCCUGAAACUGAUGAAGAAGCCAAAUCGAGUCGCUCUAUUCAGAUAAAAACUCCAAGGAGGUCAGGAUUCACGUUGCUGACAUUGCUUGGGGUCAUUGUAUAUGCUUCUUGGGCUGUUUACCAAUACCAGUAUGGGAGUUUGCCUGUGCCGCUUACUGCUGAGCAAGCAGGCAAAAGGGGCUUCUCAGAGGUUCAGGCAAUGAAGCAUGUUCAGGAACUGACUAAAUUAGGCCCACAUCCUAUUGGUUCUGAUGCUAUUGAACUUGCUCUGCAGUAUGUUUUGGCAGCGUCGGAAAAUAUUAAAAAAACAGCUCACUGGGAGGUUGAUGUUGAAGUGGACUUUUUCCAUGUUAAUAUUGGUGCAACUCGUCUCGGCAGUGGCAUGUUUAUGGACAGAACGAUUGUCUAUUCUGAUCUGAAUCACAUUGUGUUGAGAAUCUUGCCGAAAUAUGCACCUGAAGCAGGAGAAAAUGCUAUUUUGGUUUCUUCCCACAUUGAUACAGUUUUCUCAACGGAAGGGGCUGGUGAUUGUAGCUCAUGUGUUGCUGUUAUGUUGGAACUUGCUCGGGGGAUUUCUCAGUGGGCUCAUGGAUUUAAGAAUGCUGUGAUAUUUUUGUUUAACACUGGAGAGGAGGAGGGUCUAAGUGGUGCUCAUAGCUUUAUAACACAGCAUCCUUGGAGUUCUACCAUUCGUAUGGCUAUUGAUUUGGAAGCCAUGGGUAUUGGAGGAAAGUCUUCCAUUUUCCAGGCUGGUCCUCAUCCAUUGGCUAUUGAGACGUUUGCUUCAGUUGCAAAAUACCCAUCUGGUAAUAUCAUAUGGCAGGACCUUUAUGCUUCUGGAAUCAUAAAAUCUGCAACAGAUUUCCAAGUGUACAGAGAGGUUGCUGGUCUUUCGGGGCUUGACUUUGCGUACACAGACCAUGGUGCAGUAUAUCACACCAAGAAUGACAAAUUGGAGCUAUUAAAACCAGGAUCUCUUCAACAUCUUGGAGAAAACAUGCUUGCUUUCCUGCUUCAGAUUGCAAAAUCCUCUCAUCUUUCAAAAGCCAAUGCAAUGGUUGAAGACAUACAAUCUAGCCAUGAUACUGCCGUAUAUUAUGACAUUUUGGGGCAAUAUAUGGUUACAUACCGCCAGCGGUUUGCAAACAUGCUUCUAAGUUCAGUGAUAAUUCAGUCACUUAUGAUAUGGGUUACAUCUUUGCUUAUGGGUGGUUCUACAGCUGCUGUUUCUUUGGCCCUUUCAUGUUUGAGCAUUAUCCUCAUGUGGAUAUUUUCAUUAAGUUUCUCUGCUCUUUCUGCAUCAAUUCUACCUCUGAUAUCUUCGUCACCGUUGCCAUAUCUUUCAAUCCCAUGGUUGGUUGUGGGGUUAUUUGCUGCACCUGCUUUUCUCGGGGCUUUAACUGGUCAGCAUUUGGGCUAUCUUGUUUUGCAAAGAUAUUUAUCAGAUGUUUAUGCCAAGAGAAAACAGCUGUCACCUGCUAUCCAAGCUGAUCUGGUCAAGUUAGAGGCUGAAAGAUGGCUCUUUAAAGCUGGUUCUCUGCAGUGGCUAGUUCUCUUGAUUAUAGGAACUUACUAUAAAGUUGGAUCAUCUUACAUUGCUCUUGUUUGGCUUGUUCCACCAGCAUUUGCAUAUGGCUUGUUGGAAGCAACAUUAACCCCAGGACGGUUGCCGAAGCCUCUCAAACUUGCAACCCUGUGGAUGGGAUUGGCCAUUCCGAUUUUAGUUUCAGCGGGUCCAUUCAUUAAAUUAGUUAUCACAAUGAUUGGACUUAGUGUACGAUUUGUCAGACAUCCAGGCGGUUCUCCUGAGUGGCUGCCUAGUGUGGCACUUUCCGUUUUUAUCGCAAUUGUUAUAUGCCUAACUCUGGUGUAUCUCCUUUCGUAUGUUCAUCUCUCAGGUGCAAAAACAUCUAUGGUCCUUGCGACUUGUAUUCUGUUUGCUCUGUCACUUGCUGUGGUAUUUUCUGGUAUAACUCCGCCAUUCACCGAGGAAACUGCCAGAGUUGUGAAUGUGGUCCAUGUUGUGGAUACAACAGGAAGAUUUGGAGAAAAGCCCAGCUCUUACAUAUCUCUGUUUUCCUUCACUCCUGGAGUGUUUACUGCGGAAGUUGAGGAAAUUAGAGAGGGGUUUGUAUGUAGUAGACACAAGGCCAUUGAUUAUGUUACUUUUUCGGUCUCUUAUGGCUGUUUGACCUUCGAUGAAACCGAAGAGGGAUGGGAUGAAUCUGAUAUUCCCACACUGAAAGUUGUUGAAGAUGCAAAUGGAGAUAAGAGAAUCACACGAGUGGCAAUCGAUACAAAGAGGUCCAUUCGCUGGUUUCUUUCAAUCAACACCAGGGAAAUAGAAGAUUUCACGUUUAAAGUGGAUUCGGAGGAGUUAGUUCCAGCGGAUGGUAAGCGUGGCAUAGAUGGAUGGCAUACCAUUCAAGCAUCAGGAGGGAAGAAUGCACCAACAAAGUUCGAACUCACACUCUUCUGGAUUCAAAAUUCGACACUGAAUUCACACGAGAUGUUGCAGUCGGAACGACCACUCUUGAAUCUCAGAACCGAUCUUCCCGGAGUUAUGACACCAAAGGCUGAAGCAGUCCUUCAGAAGCUUCCGCCGUGGUUUACGUUGUUUGGGAAGUCCACAUCUCCUCACACACACUCGUUUUUGAGUAGUCUUCCUGUUAAUUUUUAGAAUACCUGCAUAUUCAGAUGUUGGACUUGGACCCAUUAGCACUCUUGGUACUGCAAAAACUUGUACACGAGUAGGCAACCUAGCGUCAUUUUCUAUUUAAAUCUAUAUGUAUAUGUAUGAUGUAUAGGUUCCCAGCUAAAACUAAUUGCGUUGAAAUAAUUAAUAUAUUUAUCAUUUUAUCA